AUGGGUCGCCAACCGCCUCGCCACUUAUCCUCAAAACGCAAACGGGAACAAGUUCUGAGCCCUUCAUCCCCCCCCGCUUCAAAGAAGACGCGAUACACAAUGCCAUCGAGAAGUUAUUCGGACGAACCAAUCCCCUCAAUAGAGACGAAACGUGAUUCACAACAGGGAAUAACUCUCAAGGAGGAUGAGCCAGGAUGCGAACUGCCUUCGUCUCCUGUAUUUAUCGAUGAAGGCGUACUCGUUGGUUUUUGGUACGCCGAUGCAAGUGGAAACGGGAGGCGACGGGUAUAUUGCUUGGUUAAAGAAGACUUUGAAUUUGCAUAUCAGGAGGGGAAAGAAUUCAUCCUGAUACGAGACAUCGAUUUUGAUCCGCUGCCUAAAUUUGGUGACUGGCGGGGUGAUGAUACAGAAGAUGAGAACGCUAUGAGCCCAAAAAGGAUAAAAGAGUGGGCGCAGAAAAUGUGGAAGCUCAGAAAUAAGGCCGAAAAUCAGCGCAUGACACUCACAGAUUUGAUCCACCGCGAAUUAAGACAUUGCCAUUCAAACAAGUACUUCCAGCGGCAACCGAACCCAUGGGGGUCACCACUCCCCGGUUACAGUACACAUGGACCAAGUAUUACCGUCAUUACUGCAGACAAUGGCUCCACUAGUGGAGCAGGCAUGUCCACUCGUGGAACUGAUAGCUUUGGGCGCUGUGCUGCUAACGGUAGGCAAAACGGUGUUAGGGUGAGUAGAAGAGCCACCGGACGUGCUGCUAGAAGAUCUAUUACCUAA